CGAGCGGGGUCCCGUGUCCGCGCGUUAGCUUGGACAUGGAGGCGGGUUGGGCCUCGGUCCCUUGCUGCGUUCUCUUGGCCUGCGGGGCCCUGGCGGCCAUCCUGCUGGGAGUCGCACAUCGCCUGGGCCUCUUCUACCAGCUCCUGCACCAGGUGGACAAAUCUAGUUCACGGCAUGGUGGGGAGAGUGUGGCCACAGUGCUGAGGGCCCAUGGCGUGCGAUUCAUAUUUACGUUGGUGGGUGGACACAUUUCUCCAAUGCUGGUGGCGGCUGAGAAGCUAGGCAUCCGGGUGGUCGAUACCCGUCAGGAGGCCACGGCUGUCUUUGCUGCCGAUGCUGUGGCCCGGCUCUCAGGGACUGUGGGUGUUGCUGCAGUGACAGCUGGGCCUGGCCUUACCAACACAGUGACUGCUGUGAAGAAUGCCCAGAUGGCCCAGUCACCUGUGCUGCUUUUGGGAGGGGCAGCCAGUACAUUGCUGCAGGGCCGGGGGCCACUUCAGGGCAUCGACCAGAUGUCUCUGUUCCGGCCACUCUGCAAGUUCUGUGCCUCUGUCCGCCGGGUCCGUGACAUCAUCCCUACUCUUCGGGCUGCAUUUGCUGCUGCCCAGUCUGGUACCCCAGGCCCUGUAUUUGUGGAGCUCCCCAUCGAUGUGCUCUACCCUUACUUCUUGGUGCAGAAGGAGGUGAUGCCCUCCAAAGACCCAAGGAGCCUCAUGGGAAAGCUUGUCUCCUGGUACCUGCAGAACCACUUGGCUAAUCUGUUUGCAGGGGCCUGGGAGCCACAGCCCGAGGGCCCCCUGCCCCUGGACAUUCCUCAGGCCUCUUCCCAGCAAGUUCAGCGCUGUGUGGAACUUGUGAGUCGAGCCAAGAAGCCCCUCUUGUUGCUGGGCAGCCAGGCCUUGCUGCCCCCAACCCCAGCUGACAGCCUCCGAGCUGCAGUUGAGUCUCUGGGUAUCCCUUGCUUCCUGGGAGGGAUGGCAAGGGGACUCUUGGGCCGGGACAGUCGCCUUCACAUCCGGCAAAACCGCCGUGAUGCACUUAAGGAGGCUGAUGUUGUCAUCUUAGCAGGUGCCGUGUGUGACUUCCGUCUGUCUUAUGGCCGUGCCUUAAGCCGAAGCAGCAAAAUUAUUGCCGUCAAUCGUGACCGAGAACAGUUGCUGCUCAACUCUGACCUCUUCUGGAAGCCUCAGGAGGCUGUGCAAGGGGAUGUAGGCUCCUUUCUGCUAAGGCUAGCGGAAGGACUUCAGGGCCAGACGUGGAACCAGGACUGGAUUGAGCAGCUUCAAGAGACUGACCGAAAGAAGGAACAGGCCAAUCGAGAAAAGGCAUCAGUGCCCACAACCCACCACUUGAAUCCACUUUGGGUGUUGGAGCUGGUUGAGAAGACCCUGCCAGAUAAUUCGGUGCUGGUGGCAGAUGGUGGAGAUUUCGUGGGCAGUGCUGCUUAUCUGGUUCGGCCCCGAGGCCCUUUGAGUUGGCUUGAUCCUGGAGCUUUUGGGACUUUGGGAGUAGGAGGAGGAUUUGCACUUGGCGCUAAGCUGUGCCGGCCAGAUGCAGAGGUCUGGGUCCUCUUUGGAGAUGGUGCCCUUGGCUACAGCAUUAUUGAGUUUGAUACCUUUGUCAGACACAAGAUUCCUGUUAUCGCUGUGGUGGGGAAUGAUGCAUGUUGGACCCAGAUCUCUAGGGAGCAGGUGCCCAUUCUUGGCAGUAAUGUGGCCUGUGGUCUAGUUUACACUGAUUAUCAUGUGGUGGCAGAAGGGCUAGGGUCUCAGGGCUUCCUGCUAUCAAGGGAGAAUGAGGAGAAGGCUGCAGAGGUGCUGCAAACUGCCCAGAAGCGGUGUCAUGAGGGCCAGCCUGUCCUUAUUAAUGUUCUCAUUGGAAAGUCGGACUUCCGGGAUGGUUCCAUCUCUGUGUAGGAGGGCCUGUCAAUCCAUCAUCUUGUGCCCUGACCUCCCUAUGCCACCUGUUAGAGGAAGUGGCCAUCUUGCCCUUCCCCCUUCCUCAGAGGAUACUGUUUCAGACAGUGUCAAGAGUGGGAAGGGAACAGGACACUUGAGAAUGAGACCAUUCUUAGAGGUUUACCCUGGGUGGUGAGUUCAGCCUUUUUCACUAGGCUGGGUUGAAGCAUCCCUGGAUGUGAUAAUGACCUCUUUUCCCAUGAACAUUUGGUUCAAUAAACAUCCCAUCUAGGCCUUUGGUGGCCCAAGGACUCA